CUGAGUCUCCCGGAAGGGUCUGCUACCCGCAGCUACUCCCUCGCUGCCUCAGAAAGGCGAAGGCAUGCGAAGGAACCUCUCGCAAGGGAACUGCCCCUUUCGCUGAGUUCUUGUUUUAUGCAACGGUGGUGUCUUAGAGGCUGGCGAGGCGCUGGUUCGAGCCCCGCUCCCGGCUUGUUCUGCGGCGUUUGGGGAAGUCUGGCUAUUCCCAGGGGGCCGAACUUUCCUUCCCGGGGGUCCGGGCGGCUGGCGCUCUUCUCUCCCUUGGCGCUGCGCGUUUGACUGCGCCGCUGCGCCAAGUUGCUUGGACAGCACAGCAGUUUCCCUUCGUGCGAUGCCGCGCUUGUCCGGUGAGAUGAGGCAGGGGGCUUCUGGCUCGGCGGAGCCCGGCGACGCAGCCUGGUAGGAAGAAACAGGUAGGUUUAAACCUCCAAGACUGAAAGAAAAAGAAGCCGUCGUAAAAGAAAGCACUGGGAAGAUUUUCUUUCUUUCUCGGAAUCCUACUGAAUUUUGGAGCAGAUCAUUCAUUUGAAAGCACUGAAGAAGGUCUGGGAAAGGCUGCCCCGUUGUGUAGCUCACAUAUUGUAAAUCACGGAGCCCUGGAGAAAGGGACAACAUUGAUAAUGAAAAUGGACAUGGAGGAUGCUGACAUGACUCUAUGGACAGAGGCUGAAUUUGAAGAGAAGUGUACAUAUAUUGUAAAUGAUCACCCUGCGGAUUCCAGCACAGAAAGUGGAAGCAUAACCCAGGCUGAGUCUUCCUUGCCAAGGAACUUGAUCUUCAAAUUUGCUGGAAAUUGCAAAGAGGUUAUUGGAGUUGUUAGCAAAGAAUAUAUCCCCAAAGGAACACGUUUUGGACCUCUGAUCGGAGAGAUCUAUACCAAUGACACCGUUCCUAAAAAUGCGAAUAGAAAAUAUUUUUGGCGGAUCUACUCUGAUGGUGAGCUUCACCACUUCAUUGAUGGAUUUAAUGAGGAAAAGAGCAACUGGAUGCGCUACGUAAACCCAGCUCAUUCUGUUCAGGAGCAGAAUCUGGCUGCCAGUCAGAAUGGAAUGAACAUUUAUUUCUACACCAUCAAACCCAUCCCUGCCAACCAGGAAUUGCUUGUGUGGUAUUGCCGGGACUUUGCAGACAGGUUGCACUAUCCUUCUACUGGAGACCUGGUGAUGAUGAAUAUCACACAUAGCCAUGUGAAUCCAAAGGAGCAAACUAAUAACAAAGAUGAACUUUAUCAGAAAAAUGUGCCCAAAAGAGAGCACAGUGUGAAGGAAAUCCUGAAAAAUGAUUCUAGUCAUUCUAAAGGAAAGGACUUACUCCACACCCACAUUUCACCACAUAUUGAAGAAAAAGACUUUGAAGGCUUAAGAAAAAACUGUAGCCCUGAAAGGCCUUUCUAUCCACGCAUUGUCUACCCAAUCCGACCUCAUAUUCCAGAUGAUUACCUGAAGUCUUAUGGGUUUGAGAGGCCUAGUUACAUUGCCCACUCACCCAUCCAGUCUUCUACCACACCAAGCCCCUCAGCAAGAAGUAGCCCAGAUCAAAGUUUAAAAAGCUCAAGCCCUCACAGCAGCCCAGGAGUUACAGUUUCGCCCUUGACUCCUGUGUCUAAGGAGCACAGAGAACCUUAUCCUUACUUGAAUGGACCCUAUAGCUCAGAAGGGUUAGGUUCAUAUUCUGGAUAUGCAUCCUCCAACCAUCUCUCACAAGCCUUUAUACCCUACAAUCCCCCCUAUCAUAAAUUCCUGUUACCACCAUAUAACAUGACCUGUGGCAGCCUGAGUACUUUGAACAGCAUUAGCAAUUUCAACCUCCUCCCAAGGAUGUAUCCCUUCUACAGCAACAUAUUCAAUGGAGGAAGCCUUUCUAAUCAUAUGCUGAAUCCGUCUUCCCUUCCAAGUUCAUUGCCAUCUGAUGGAAGUCGUCAGCUGUUGCCACCCGACCAUCGAAGGGACUUUCUUAUCCCUGCACAUAACAGUGCCUUCUCCAUCACAGGAGCUGCUGCCAGCAUGAAAGACAAGCCAUGCAGCCCAACCAGUGGAUCGCCCACAGCUGGUACAGCAGCUACUUCAGAACAUAUAAUGCAACCUAAACCUACCUCAGCAGGGUUGGCUGCCAGCAGCAGUGAAGAAGCCAUGAAUCUCAUCAAGAGCAAGCGUAAUAUGACUGGUUACAAAACUCUUCCAUACCCAUUGAAGAAACAGAAUGGGAAGAUAAAGUAUGAAUGCAACGUCUGCUCGAAAACCUUUGGCCAGCUCUCUAAUCUAAAGGUCCACCUUCGAGUACACAGUGGAGAAAGACCAUUCAAAUGUACUACAUGUAAUAAAGGAUUUACUCAGUUGGCUCACCUCCAAAAGCAUUAUCUGGUACAUACAGGAGAAAAACCCCAUGAGUGUCAGGUUUGCCAUAAACGAUUCAGCAGCACAAGCAACCUGAAGACACAUUUGCGGCUCCACUCUGGAGAGAAGCCUUAUCAGUGCAAACUCUGCCCUGCUAAAUUUACCCAGUUUGUGCACUUGAAACUGCACAAACGUCUCCACACCAGAGAGCGUCCACAUAAGUGUAUCCACUGCCAUAAGAGCUACAUCCACCGCUGUAGCCUCAAGGUCCACCUUAAGGGCAACUGCCCUGUUGUCCCCGCAUCUAACCUUUCCACAGAGGACCUGAAUCGGAUCAAUGAAGAAAUAGAGAAAUUUGACAUCAGUGACAGUGCGGACAGAUUGGACAAUGUUGAGGACAACGUUGACAUGGCAUCUGUAGUUGAAAAAGAAAUAUUGGCUGUGCUCAGAAGAGAGAUAGAAGGAGCUAGUCUUAAAGCAUCAUUGCAGAGGAACCUGGGGAAUGGGCUGAUUGCCUCAGGAUGUAAUCUAUAUGAAUCAUCAGAUAUUGUGAAGUUGCCUCAUGGUCAUCCACUACCUCGGGUACCUAUAAAGGUCAAGCAAGAAACAGCUGAACCAAUGGACCCUUAAAUACUGUGUGCAAGUUUGCGUGUGUGUGUGCACGUGCACACAUAUGUACAUGUGUGUUUGUAUGCAUGGCAAAUUAAAUGAUUUUUUUUUUAAUUUAUGACUUGGCAAGUCAGGGUGCCUGUAGCAGUUGCUUGUAUAUCGUGUCAAUACUGCAAAGCAAUCUUGGCUUACGAUAGUUUCUGUAAGGUCAUUUGAAAGAAGGAACUCCAAAGUUGUUAUUCUCAGGGCAUAAAACUAGGCAAGGACUGUAUAUUGCCUUCCCCACUUCUUUAAAAGAAGAAGACAAUCUCUCUUCCAAAAUCAUUUUUACAGUAAUAGUGCUUCCUAAUUUAUUAUGCAAUUUACCAUUCAGAAGCAAUAGUAAAAAAAGUAAUUACAAUGAUAGGAAAAUUCAUUGUAACUUUGAAUACGUGUUUAUAUUUUGUCUUGUGGCCAUUCUUUGUAGUUUCCGCCCCUGCACAUCUGGGUUUU